ACUACGCACUCGCACUUGGCCGGCUCCUCGAAUAGCAUCUUCUCCUCCUUGUUAGGGUUUCCUGGGUCGACACCGCCCACUCUCGAAGCUGCGCUCCGUCUCUCCCCAAUCCCUCCAAGCUUCUCAGAGAAGCGCUUCCGCAUCAGAGGUUCAGCUGCGUUCAUUUGGUGGUCGCAAUGUCUCGAGUUUAUGUUGGCAACUUGGAUUCACGUGUCUCGGAGCGAGAUCUGGAAGAUGAGUUCCGAGUGUAUGGCGUUCUUCGCAGUGUAUGGGUUGCUCGAAGGCCUCCUGGUUAUGCAUUUGUUGAAUUUGACGAUCGAAGGGAUGCAUUAGAUGCCAUUCGUGAAUUGGAUGGUAAGAAUGGUUGGCGUGUGGAGCUUUCUCACAACUCAAAGGAUGGCGGGCGAGGUGGACGUUCUCGGGGUGGGGGUGGGGGUGGGGGUGGAGGUGGAGACAUGAAGUGUUACGAAUGUGGCGAGCCAGGUCAUUUUGCUCGUGAGUGCCGACUGCGGAUUGGUCCUGGAGGUAUGGGAAGUGGACGGCGUCGAAGCCCCAGCCCGAGGUAUCGAAGAAGCCCUAGUUACGGUCGCAGGAGCUAUAGUCCACGGGAUAAAAAGUCACCUCGCCGCCGCAGCUAUUCUCCUCGCCGUGGUCGUAGCGACAGCCGGUCACCACCUUAUCGCCGUGACUCUCCUUAUGCUAAUGGGGAUCGUCGUCGGAGCCGGAGCUGAAAAAUGUCAUAACAACAAGGCCUCAAGAUGAUUGCAACAGGUUGUUAGACUACUGAAGUACGGGUUUUGAUUAGUAGUUGGCUUCAACAAACUUGGUAAAGUGCAAACUGUGGAGCUCUUGAACUCCUCAGGGGACACUCCUCAGCUUAUUGUCGUGUCUAAAGAGGUUACUCCUCUACUUCAUUACUUUUCGUUUAGACUCUUAACUAAAAAUGUUCAGUACUAUUAUCUUUGCUUAGCAGAUUUCAACUAUAUGCUUUGCUUUUAAUUAAUAACUGUUAGUCACGAACUUCUUACAAAGACCUUCAAUCUGUUGUUUGUUUUCGAGGUGCGGUUCUGCUAAACGCUGAAACGGCACCCACUUCAGAUCUGCUCCUUAUGUGGCACGGGUCUCCCACACUCUGCCUCUUGAUCAUCUAUUUCGCGAUCCGUCAUGCUUUACACCUCUGCUUGAUUCAUCUGCAAAACUCUCGAAAAAAAGCAAUCCGUAGCAUAUAUGAACCGUCUCGAUUCUCUACUCAGCCUGCGAGAAAAUCUCUGGCGUCAUGCUUAGGUAUUAGAGCCUCUAGUUUACUGCUUCAAGGAGAGGAAGCUGGUAGCCUCAUCUGGUAUUCCGGAUUGCACCACGAACAAUCUUGCUAUCAGUCCACUACCAUGAUCGCCUCUAAAUGAGCAAAUAGGGUGUCAGCAAAAAUUUAGGGGUUUGAUAAGUGGGAAGGUGAUGAUGUCUUCUUUAACUUUGCUUGAUUCACCUGCGAACUGUUCUGAUUCCCGCCUCAACCUGCGAGAGAAUUUCUUGCUUCAAAGCUUUAGGUUUAGAGUAUCUAUUCACCACGUCAAGGAAAGUUGGUUCCUUCCAUCUCAUUCUUCUGGAUUUGCCUCAACGAGUCAUCUCGCCAUCAGUCUUUGCUUUCGCGAUCGGCUUCAGAUGAGAAAUAGAGGGGUAAUUUGCAAGCUUUAAAAUACUAAUAGUUGGCUUGAUAUGUCAUCUGAGUUUUACCUUUUGUUUUUACCUUUUUUUGUGGCCGCGAUGCAUUCAAGCAAAAAUUUGACAUUUUUUUCAUCAAGAACCUAAAGCAAUCAUGUUGAAAUUACAGUCUUACUCCAUUUUUUUGCUCACUAAAUUUUGUUGUUCAAA